AUGGUUGGUGGUGUCGCUAAUGUGGGAGCUACUAAACAAGAUUUCAAGAAUUACAAGAGAGAGAUGUUGGAAUUCAUGAGGGAGGGAGAUGCACAAAUGGUAAUAUCAAAGUACCUUGCAAAGAAAGCAGAUGAUAAAAAUAUGUUCUUCGAAUACGAAAUGAAUGAGCAAGACAACUUGGCCCGACUGUUUUGGGCGGAUGGUGUGGCACGGAAAAAUUACGGAGCAUUCGGUGAUGUCGUGUCAUUUGAUGCUACGUAUCAAACAAACAGGUACAAGCUCGUUUUUGUUCCAUUCACAGGCGUAGACAAUCAUAAGAGAUGUGUAACAUUUGGCGUAGGAAUGAUCGAUAGGGAAGACGUGGAGUCAUACCGUUGGAUCCUACAGAAGUUCAAGGAUGCAAUGGGAAGUAUACCCCCGUUGACCGUAACUGAUCAGGAUCCGGCGAUGAAGGUGGCAAUUGCAACGGAGUUCCCCAGAACACAGCAUCGUUAUUGCAUGUGGCAUAUCAUGACAAAGGUGGGUGAUAAAGUUGGUACUGAGAUGGCACAAAAUGGUGAAUUCCGGCGUGCACUAAAUGCUGUUGUAUGGAAUGAAAAAUCAACAAUCGACGAAUUUGAGAGUACAUGGGAUGCAGUUAUUGGUAAAUACGGGCUAAGCGACAACAGGUGGCUGAAGCGUAUGUAUGAAGACCGUGCGUCAUGGGUGCCUGCAUUCUUCGAUAAUGUGUUCAUGGCAGGCCUUUUGAGGACGACUUCACGUUCUGAAUCGGAGAAUAGAGUAUUCCAAAGAAAUAGUAAUAAGCACCUAUGUCUGGUUGAUUUUUGGAACAGAUUCGAGACUGCAGUAAAGACACAGCGUAACACACACCUUGAACUAAGCGCAGCGUGCGAGGGACAAACCCCACCUUUGAAGACCUCAUUGCGUAUAGAGCGAGAAGCAGCAUCGGGGUACACAUUGAAGGUUUUUUACGAAGUGCAGGAAGAAAUCUAUGCCGGUUGUUAUACAUGUCGAGUGCGAUCAAUAACAGAAGAUGAGACAUCAAAGACAUAUGUUGUUGUGGACGGGAACAAAGAGACAUACACGGUCAUACUUGAAUAUGGAAGCAACACCACGACAUGCACCUGCCGAUUAUACACAAGGAUUGGACUGUUAUGCCGACAUGUUUUUGUUGUUUUGAAGAAUGAACAGAUAAUUCAAAUACCUCCACAACACAUUACUCCCAGAUGGACCCGCGAAGCAGGAAUAUACACAAAUCCCGAUACAACCAACGAGAGAGAGGAAGGCGAAGAGAGUACACCACAAAACAACAAAGAUGAAAGUAACCUAAUUAAUGCAUUCUACAAAUAUUUAGCCAUGGCACGAGGGAGGGCCGACAAACUUCGACAACUGACUGAUGUGAUAGAAGAUUUUCAAGGGCAAAUGCGCGAGGAUGGACAGGAAGGGAGUACAGUAAACGGGAAACAGGCGGUUAUGGAAACAUAUUGUGGUGUGCCAGCCCCAAACACAAUCGUAGUGCACCUCCCAACGGUGGCAAAUACGAAAGGGUCUGGGAAGCGAAUGAAAUCAGUGAAGGAGCUGGCAAUGGCGGAGCAAGUAAAGAAAAAACGAACGUGCAAAACUUGUGGUUUGGAGACCGGGCAUAAUAGUAGGAGCUGCUCACAAAAGCAGUGA